AUGGCAGCGAGCCAACGCAGCAAGAAGCUGAAGGGCAUCAACGAUUUGAGAAGAGCUUGUCCUUUCGUGACAAAGCAGGCACUCUCUGAGGUUUUGCACUAUGUGGAGGAGCAUGGGGUGCCGGAGGCCAAGAGCUCCAAGUCCAUGAGGAGAUCGGCGGUUGCAGAUCUGAAGCAAUGGGAUGAUUGUGCCCAUGGCCCGAUGUUCCUCAGCGAGUCCAUGCUUUGCCAGGACGGAAGCAGCAUGGCAGUCUGCAUGGUGAACCUGCUCACUUUGCUGUAUGCUGCCGUGCAGAUGGGUGGCCACUUCUUCGAACGCAUGCAGUCUGCAAUCUGUGUGCAUGGCCCUUCGUCCUUGGAGUCCCCGUGGAGCCUGGCUAUGUGCUCAGACGAGUGCUUGCCAGCCAACCCACUGGCGGCCAACGCAGGGAAGAAGGUCUGGGUUACCUAUGUCUCCUUUAAGGAGUUCGGACAGCAGCUCUUAUCCAAGGAAGAUAGCUGGCUGCCGAUUUUUGUGCAGAGGUCAAGCAGUGUUGCUAAGAUCGAGGGGCACAUGUCCCAAGUGAUCAAGCACCUGCUCUGCAGCAUCUUCCAUGGAAAGGUGGCUUCCCCGCAGCAUCUGGGCAUUAUGCUAGACAAGCCUGAUGGCUCGAAGUGGCGAUUGUUUUUCACACUUGGAUAUUUCAUCCAAGAUGGUGCAAGCCAAAGGGAAAUCUUCACAAUCAAAGGCGACAGUGGCUCUAAGUUCUGUCUCAAGUGCAGCAAUCAGGUUGCUAUCUUGUUGAAGGAUGAAACAGAUGAUGAAAAGGCGGUAUGCAAAGCGACGAAGAAGGCAGACCUGAUAUUGACUUCGAACGAGGAAUGCCUGCAGAGUUGGGAUCGCUUGCAUUCUAGGAAAUCAACCACCGCUGCCAAGGAUUUCAGCCUUUGGGAGCAAGCAUCCGGUUGGACGUACACACCACACGGUAUUCUAGGCUGUGGCUUGCGGCGAGACUACUUUGAGCCCUGCACGAUGUUCGUGCAUGACUGGAUGCAUGCAACCUGCAGCUCCGGUGCUAUGAACAUUGGGCUUUACUGUAUUCUGGAAGCAUUCCACAUGGAAGAUCUGCAGUUGUGGAAAGUGGAAAGGCAUGGAAAGCUAUAUGUCCGAUUGGCACUUGCCCCGUCAAAUGGCAAGAUCAAGUGCCAAGCUUCAGAUGUCCUCUGCAUUUACACCAUUUGCAGGUACUAUGUUCAGUUGUUCGCGAACCGUGCGCCCCAGCUUGAGAAGCAAAUCCUUGCUUUCUUGGCCUUGUGUCUCGUGUUGGACACACUUUGCAACAUCGGCAAGAUCCAGGUGCUUGGGCGAGAUUUAGACCAAAAGGUGGAAGCAUGCUUGAAGGCUUUCCUCGAAACCAAGUGGGGGCACGUGAUGACCAAAAAGUUCCACUGGCUUUUGCACAUGGGGGAUUCCUUGGAAGAGCUGCAGCAAUUAAUACCCUGCUGGUGCAUGGAGCGGAAACACAAACAGGUCACAGCUGUGGCAACGAAGGUGACGAACCUUUCGCAUUUCGAGCAAUCCGUUUACACGGAAUUGCUAGGCGAGCAGUUGCACAGGAUGGCCAGGACCCCUCUUCCUGAAGUUGGUCUGGCUGCAGACAGCAAGCCGAAUAAUGCCUUGGCCAACUUUGUCCAAAAAAUGUUUGCUUCCAAGGGCCCAGUCUACACCUCGAACUUUGUCAUCUUGCAGGGUGGCGCCCGGGCCUUUAGAAAUGAUGUGGUUCUCUUCAAGCCAGAGGAAACCUCGCAUGCCAAGCGGGACUGCGGGCACUUGCAAGCCCCGUUCAAGAUCGACGGCCAAGCAUUUUGCUUGAUCCAAGUCUACAAUUUCAUUUCUUACAUGCCGGAGAGGUUUUUCGCAACAUGGACGAACCAAGACCGAAGGAUUGUUGUCCCCGUGGCAGAGAUUCUGAGUGCGGUUACGUAUACAUGCACUAAGGAUGGCAUUCUCACCUUGAUUCCAUCGCAUUUGAAAUGA